AGCAAACCAUAGACACAAAGUGCAAAGUUUAAAAAAGUAUCCUUUUCCGGCCACCAUCUUUUUGAUUUUCCUUGUUGUCGUUGUCAGUCCGGCGAUUUUGUGAAAAGGCCGCAACCAUGGGUCGUAUGCACGCACCUGGUAAGGGUAUUUCCCAAUCGGCACUGCCGUACCGCCGCAGUGUCCCCACGUGGUUGAAACUGACCGCUGACGAUGUCAAGGAACAGAUCUUCAAACUUGGCAAGAAGGGUCUCACCCCCUCACAGAUCGGUGUCAUGCUUAGGGAUUCACAUGGAGUUGCCCAAGUCAGAUUCGUCACCGGCAAAAAGAUCCUCCGCAUCAUGAAGGCCAUGGGCCUGGCCCCCGACCUACCCGAGGACCUCUACUACCUUAUCAAGAAGGCUGUAGCCAUGAGGAAGCAUUUGGAGCGCAAUAGGAAAGACAAGGACAGCAAGUUCCGGCUGAUUCUCGUAGAGUCCAGGAUCCACAGGCUGGCGCGCUACUACAAGACCAAGAGCGUGCUGCCCCCCAACUGGAAGUACGAGUCCAGCACCGCUUCAGCCCUGGUGGCUUAAGUUUAAAUAAACUUUAUAAAACACC